AGCGAGCCGUGCGAUCGAGGCAUGGGCGCAUGGCGCGGCCGAGGCGCCAACCAGACCAGUACCAGCGCAUCAGCUAAAUAAAACUUCCUCCUCUCCCCGUCCGCGCCCGGCGCAACUGGCAACAACGCGAGUCGGAGCCGAACCACCACGCCAGGGAGCGCGCACGCACGUCGCCGCGUGCCUCGUCCUCGUCCUCCUCCUCGAGUCGCACCGCGCGGCAGUUUGCCGGUUGGCGAUCCAAGCGGCGAGCCAAGGCAGGGCGACACCUGUUUAAUUCUCUCUCUCUUUUCAUCAUCUCCCUCCCCGCGAUCGUGCUCCCGUGAUUGGGCCCAUUGCGAGCUAAGCAAAACCGGUGUUUCUAAGCCAAGGCACCGCGCGCGCUUCCGCCAUGGCCGCGUCGUCGUCGUCGUCGUCCAUGGCACCCUCCUCGGCGUCCUCCAGCCCCGUGCUGUCCGGGACGUACCGGCGCCGCCUCACCGACGUCGAGCGGGACGCGGUCGACGACGUGAGCCCGUGCGACGGCAGCGACGACGACGACGGCGGCGGCAGCGGGCCCCGCGGACACAGCGCCGGCGUGGCGGGUGUCAGGGCGCUGUUCUUCUUCAGGAGGAACAAGCGGGCGUCCGUGGUCGACCGGGCCUGGGUGAGGAGCGCGGUGGCGUGCCUGCUCGGCCUCGCCAUGGUCGUCGCUCUCCUAAGCUCGCACCGAGUGGGCAACGGCGGCGGGAGGCUUGUGUGGAGGGUGGACGCCGGCGACGGCGAGGUGCUGGGGUGGAGGGAGGAGAACCUGACCGUCGUAGCUCGCCGUCCGACCGACCCGCCGGUAAGCACCGAAGUACUCUCGCCGUUGACUGCUCAGAUAACCCAGAUAUGGAUGAAUCCGGAUAGCGAGGGCUACACAAAAUGCAUUGAACGCCCAAAAAAACAUUACAGAACAAACAGUGCAACAGCUGGUUAUAUCAUUGUUGAUGCCAAUGGUGGACUGAACCAGAUGAGAAUGGGAAUAAGCGAUAUGGUUGCAGUUGCUAAGCUCAUGAAUGCCACCCUAGUAAUCCCUACUCUGGAUCAUAAAUCAUUCUGGACUGAUCCAAGUGAUUUCAAAGAUAUAUUUGAUGUGGAUCACUUCAAGGAAACUUUAGCAGAUGACAUCAUGAUUGUGGAUUCCUUGCCACCAGCUUACAAAAGAUUGAAACCCUAUAUUAGAGCACCCACAUCCUGGGCCAGGGCUUCUUAUUACAGAGCUUUUGCAAGGACAUUGAAGAAGGCCAAAGUUGUGAAAUUCACACAUACAGAUUCACGGAUUGUUAACAAUGGUCUCCCUCCUUCUAUCCAACGACUCCGUUGCCGAGCAAAUUACGAGGCACUAAGAUACAAGCAAGAAAUUGAAGAGCUAGGUAAUACUCUAGUCGAUAGACUGAGGAAUGGGUCCAACCAUUAUAUCGCACUUCACUUAAGAUACGAGAAGGACAUGCUCUCAUUUACCGGCUGCAGCCACAACCUAACACAUCAAGAGACAGAGGAACUGAGAGAGAUGCGACUCAAGGUGCGGCACUGGAAAGAGAAGGAAAUCAACAGUAAAGAGAAGCGACUCCAUGGUGGCUGCCCUAUGACUCCUCGUGAAGCAGCUCUUUUCCUUAAAGCUAUGGGUUAUCCUUCCAGCACGAAGAUCUACAUUGUAGCAGGUGAAAUAUAUGGUGUACAUAGCAUGGAUGCAUUGAAGGCUGAGUAUCCAAACGUGUAUACACAUUAUAGUCUGGCAACAGUAAAUGAAUUAGAGUCUCUCAAGCUGUACCAAAACAGACUAGCGGCUGUGGACUACAAUGUAGCCCUCCAGAGUGAUGUUUUUAUGUAUACAUAUGAUGGGAAUAUGGCCAAAGCAGUCCAGGGUCACAGAAGAUAUGAAGGAUUCCGAAAAACCAUUAAACCUGACAGGAAGAAGAUUGUGGAGCUCAUUGACAAGCUUGAUGAAGGUACAAUAAAUUGGAAUGAAUUUGAAAGUGAAGUGAAGAUGCAUCAUGAAAACAGACUUGGAGGUCCAUAUCAGAGGUUUUCUGGUCGAAGUCCAAGGCAAGAGGAGUACUUUUAUGCAAAUCCUCUUCCAGGGUGCUUGUGCAAAAAAGACACAGGAUUAAGUGACAUGAACUUACUCUAAAGAGGAAUGGAUACUUCGGUCUUCAAACACACUGCGAGCUUAACUGCAUGUAACAUGGACAUAGAUAGAAUUUCCUCCGACUCAUCAAUAUACACCAAACAGUGCAACUCCUGGUAAACUGACAGCAAAACCCCACAUUAUUUUCCUACACACGGAUAGAAUUUAUGUAGUUUUGAUUCUUACACAAGGAUAUGGGAGGGGGCGCUCACUUAUUGUCCGAGAUGUGCAUUUUCAAAGAAUUAUUUAUUCAAGUCAAAAAAUAGAAGCAAAGAAAUUCCAAGAGGAUAUAUGUAUGUACAGUACAACAGAGGAUAUAAUUAGCUAAAACCGAACAGUUUCAAUGUAUGUUUGUACUUACUCCAUAGUCCAAAUGUACAUUCUUACCUCCUUAUGACAAAUUUAUUCAUUUUAUUAUGCACGAAUUUGUGCAAAUCA